AUGAAGAAGUCUUUCAUUGAACGAAUCUUUCCGCACCCGCCUGGAAGUAUAAGUUCACUUCCUCGCUACGAAGAUGACGUUUCAGUCUCAUCUUCACGAUCUGACGCGACCCGUCCUCGAAUUCUGCUCCAAGAUGCAACAUCCCCAUUUUCAUCGGCCGACCGGCGACGGACAGCAUCGACCUCUCCGUCCUCUCCAGCACCCCAAAAGUUGAGCUCGUCUCUGGUGCGCCACGAUGACCCCUUCCUCCCAGUAGAGAGAGCAGCCAAAUCCCUCGAGCGGACGUUCCAAAGCCUUCUCGAUGCGCAGUCAGAGGGACUCAGUGCUGGCAGCAUUGCGACGGCGGAAGUGGAUGACUCGUCUUCCGUUGGAAGCCCCACGCCCACCCCGUCCAUCCUCUCAGCAUCUACAAGAACGGGAGCGGAAACAGGACCGCGAACCCUACCGAUCCGCCAACCAAAGUCCAAAAAGAUCACACUCAGAGGCGCACGACGCGGUCUAGCAAAGUCCAUGAAGGAGUUUGCAGCUCUCAGGGAGUGGGAAUUGUCCCUGAUCGACCGAGAAAUUGUAGCCAGAGAUAACGCCCUGAAACAGGCUUCCGACCUAGGAAAUCGGAGAAAACUCCUAGAGGAUGAAAUCCACAGGAUCAAAACUGAAGAAGGUCCGGUUGGGUUACGCUCUGAGAUUGAAGCUGUGGAAGUGGAGAUCCAACGCUUAGAAACAACGCUGCUGGAACUCAGGUCCAAGCACAGAAUACUAGUGAACCAGCUUCGCGAGACUGAGAGCUCGAGGGACUCUGAGUUGAGCUCAUACAUGGAAUCAUUGGCACUGAGUGAGAACCAAGUCAAAUCGUUCCUGCGCAGACCACCGAUCCAGCAGAGCCUGAUCUCUGGACAAGAUCCGGGCGUGUACGCCUUGAAGCUAGAGAGGCGCACCCUGCAAAUGGCGCAGGAGCAGUGGACAAGCGAAGUGCAGAUGUUGGGCCAAAGAAAGGCGAGCGCCGAGAGUGAGAGGAAUGCGCUGGAAGACGGAUCGAGACUUUGGCGUGAUGUUGUAAAGCGGAUCGGUGAAUUUGAGAGGGAGCUAAAGGCGAAAACACAAGAGCUAUCUCAGUCGCAACUCCAAUGGCCUGGCGCGAAUGGAGCAGAUUAUCUUGAGGUUGCCCCGGCGGCAGAGACCGGAGAUAUGUCCAUGCACCUCGUCUUGACAAAACUCUCCACGCUAAUCUCAUCUCUCGAGGAGGAUCUUGAACUGGCCGAAUCGAAGAACUGGAAUCUCCUCAACUGUGCGAUAGGGGCUGAGCUCGCGGCUUUCCGACAAGCGCACGAUCUGCUCCAGCGGACGACUAACGUAUCAUCCGCGACAACCAGUGGUCAAUUGUGCGAUGGCGACAGUGUCAAUGGAUUCGAAGACCCGAAUCGGCCUGCACAUGACGAGGGACAGGGUGAUAAAUACACCGCGGAUUUGUUCAGGGAUGACCCGCUUCCGACCAGCAGGACGCGGAGCCCAGGCGAAAGCAGCAAUCAAAGUCUAGAAGAUACAUUGCGUCAGUUUGGGGACCCGCUCAACAAAGGCAAGCAGAAGGAAGAGGACGCUUCUGUUCGAGGCCUCGAGCUCGAUCCUUUGAGCGGCCCGAGGUGGUCACAGCCUCGUGCUCCGUCCUCCGAUUUGGAUGCCUUUGGUGGAGGAAGCGAGUGCGCCCCAAGCUCAGCACCAAUGUCGAUCCCGAACCUUCGACCGAAGCCUCCAGCUAGGACGAUGACAUCCGAAAGCGAAGACGACGAACCAGGGCCGGAGUUUCUUCUUUCCCAUUCUUGA